UAAACAGACACUCUAUGUGGCUGAUACACUGAACUCUGUUUUGUUCCCACUACCGGCAAUGUUUCUGAUUUCUUUUGCUGCCUGAUUUUAUCAUUUCGUGGCCCCAGGGAUAAUGUUCCAUUGGUUGCUACUCUGCCUGUGUGCCGCAGUCAUUCCACCAGUUGUGAGUCAAGAACCAAAAUGCCACAGCUUCACAAAAUUACCAGUGACAGACACAAUCAUUGGCACGAAACUGGUUGUGAGGCUUCUCCUCUACACUGGGAAGAACUCAAGCUGUGCCACCCUGAUCAAUGCCACUCAUACCAGCCUGCUGGAUGUCAACAAGAAGAUUAUCUUCCUUAUCCAUGGGUACAGACCAUUUGGAUCACCACCAAACUGGUUGAACAAGAUGAUUCGGAAGCUGCAAGCAGUGGAUGACAUAAACCUCAUCAUCGUUGACUGGAAUAGAGGAGCAACCACUAUUAACUAUUCAGUUGCCGUUGCUAAUACCAAGAGAGUUGCUGAAAUUUUGGGAGACAUGAUUGACAACAUACUGAAAAUUGGAGGUUCCCUCAACUUGAUCCAUAUGAUUGGUGUGAGCCUCGGUGCACACAUUUCUGGCUUCGUUGGAAGUAGAUUUUCUGGACAGAUUGGGCGGAUAACUGGCCUUGAUCCAGCUGGACCUUUAUUCCGGGGGAAAGGAGUGGAAGACAGACUGGAUCCUGCGGAUGCUCAGCUUGUUGAUGUCCUUCACACAGACUUUGAUGCUCUUGGGUAUGAAGAGUUUUUGGGGAACAUCGACUAUUAUGCCAAUGGAGGAACUGAUCAACCGGGAUGCCCUGCAACUAUAAUAGCUGGCAAAAAGUAUAUGGUGUGCGAUCAUCAAAGAUCUGUCUAUCUGUAUAUAAGCUCCAUGAACUCAACCUGUAAUAUUACUGUUUAUCCUUGCACAUCUUAUGAAGAUUUUCUGGAUGCCCGUUGCACAGAGCAUGAUAAAACCUAUCCAAUAUUUGGUUAUCACAUUGAAAAAUGGAGAAACAACCACUUAAUGAAGUUUCCAAAUAAGGUGUACUUUCAAACCUCCACUCAGGCGCCAUAUUGCAUGUACUAUUACCUUCUGGACAUCAUCACCUGGAACAAAAAUACCCGGAAAGGUUACAUUACAGUUGGAAUGACUGGAGAGAAUGGGGCCGUAGUGAAAGCAGAAGCCAAUCGGUAUGCAAAAUCAUUCGAGAAGUUCAAGGAAGUCACUCUGCUCGUCAGCGUCAAUGAAGAUGUAGGAAACAUCUCCAGUAUUUCGCUGACCUUCAGUUCGGCCUAUCUGGUGGAACCCAAACUGAAGCUGGGAAUUCUUCGAAUGAAACUGAGGUCGUUGACUUAUCCCCAAAGGCCUCAUCUAUGCAGAUAUGACAUAGCCCUACAGAAGGACCUGGAGGAGGAGUUUCAACUAAUUGAGUGUCAAUCUCCUGAAAUUUAGAGCUGAUGCAUUGCCUCCAUUGUUCACUGUGCGUUUGACAGGCCUUAUUCUUCAACACACUAUGGACUCAACAGGUUGAAUGGCCUUGCUCCUAUGCAGUGCUACCUCUAUCACAUUUCUGAGCAUUUGCCUGGUCCUUCCCACGUGCUAAUUUUGAUCUGUAAGAUAAUCAGUAAACUACUCCUGCCAACUGAA